CUUGAAUACAAAUGUGGGUUUAAGCACUAUAUAUAAGACACUUAUAUUUCUUUGUCUGUCGGUGGAAUCGGUGGAGCCGUGUAACUAGUAAAAAUGAAAUUGGAAAUUUUGUUUGUCCUCCUCAGCGUUGCUAGCUACGCGUAUGGAACUGAUUAUAAAAAUGGCAACUACUAUGGUAGCCGGUUCAUGGGAUACGGUAGUCGCUAUGGCAUCGGUAGAUAUGGAAGACCCUAUCAGGUUGGAGGUUAUUAUAGGAGAUACGGUUAUGGCGGAGACUCUAUGAAAGGUGGAGGAGACUAUUACGACAGCGUAGGAGACUACUACAAAGACUUCGACGGUUACGGUGAUUACGGAAAGGAGAAGGGUUAUUAUGGUAGCCGUGGCUACUCUAUGCGAGGCUAUUAUGUGCCAGGUUUCUAUAGGCAAGACUACUCUAAAAAUGGCAACUACUAUGGUAGCCGGUUCAUGGGAUAUGGUGGUCGCUAUGGCAUCGGUAGAUAUCAUUUCGGCGGAUUCGGUAGGGGUUUCUACGGAAGACCCUAUCAGGUUGGAGGUUAUUAUGGGAGAUACGGUUAUGGCGGAGACUCUAUGAAAGGUGGAGGAGACUAUUACGACGGCGUAGGAGACUACUACAAAGACUUCGACGGUUACGGUGAUUACGGAAAGGAGAAGGGUUAUUAUGGUAGCCGUGGCUACUCUAUGCGAGGCUAUUAUGCGCCAGGUUUCUAUAGGCGAGACUACUCUAAGCGAGGCUACUACGGUCCUGGCAAAAAUUAUGGCUACUACGGUCCUGGCUACUACAAUCUUGGCUAUAACAAACGUGGCUAAUAUAAUUGUGGCAAUGAUUACAAAAAGUACUAAUUUACCAACUACUACAAUGGACACCAAGCAACCAUGAACGUUCCUGCAAAGUCGACAAUGUUUUUACCUGUAAAUAUGUCUUUGUACUUUAAUAAAUAGAAGUCCAAUAGAG